GUCAGUUCUCGGGGCAGCUGGAGUGGAGCGAGCCGUCAUGGCGUUGUGCGCCCCGCCGGCCUAUCUGACACACCAACAGAAGGUGUUGCGGCUUUAUAAGCGGGCGCUCCGCCAUCUGGAGUCGUGGUGUAUCCACAGGGACAAAUACCGGUACUUUGCUUGCUUGUUGAGAGCCCGUUUUGAAGAACAUCGGAAUGAAAAGGAUAUGAUGAAGGCCACCCAGCUGCUGAGGGAGGCAGAAGAGGAAUUCUGGCACAGUCAGCACCCACAGCCAUAUAUCUUCCCUGACUCUCCUGGGGGUACCUCCUAUGAGAGGUAUGAAUGCUACAAGGUUCCAGAAUGGUGCCUAGAUCACUGGCAUCCUUCUGAAAAGGCAAUGUAUCCUGAUUACUUUGCCAAGAGGGAGCAGUGGAAGAAACUGCAGAUGGAAAGCUGGGAGCGAGAGGUUAAGCAGCUGCAGGAGGAAACCCCACCUGAUGGUCCUAAAACUGAAGCUUUGCCUCCGGCCAGAAAGGAAGGUGAUUUGCCCCCACUGUGGUGGCAUAUUGUGACCAGACCUCGGGAACGGCCAGUGUAGAGAGAAACUUUAGACACCUCACUCUUCAGGCUUGCAGGUGAUACUGCAAUGUUACCAAGCAUACACACACACUUGCCCUAAUAAAAAUAAGUAAACAUGGUC